UUGGUUGAAGCAAAUAUGCCUAUAUAAGUAGACAAGAUAUAUCAUAUCGGAAGCAAAAAAGAAAAAAAUAAAUAAUGAGACUUCAUUAACAAAAAGAAAAUAUGGGUCUUAGAGGAACUUUGGAGUACAUUUCUGAUAUGAUGAGAAGUAGUACUCAUAAAUCCAAUAGGAAGAAGAGGUUGUUUCAUACGGUGGAGCUCAAAGUCAGAAUGGAUUGUGAUGGUUGUGAGCUUAAAGUCAAGAAAGCUUUGUCUUCAUUAAGUGGAGUAAAAUCAGUGGAGAUAAACAGGAAACAACAAAAGGUGACAGUAACAGGAUAUGUGGAAGCAAACAAGGUGUUAAAGAAGGCAAAGUCAACAGGAAAGAAGGCUGAGAUUUGGCCUUAUGUGCCCUACAAUUUAGUGGCACAGCCCUAUGCUGCUGCUGCUUAUGACAAGAAGGCUCCUCCUGGUUAUGUUAGAAGGGUGGAUCAGAACCCAACUAUAGGAACAGUUUCAAGAUUUGAGGAUAAUGCAUAUGUUACCAUAUUCAGUGAUGACAACCCUAAUGCUUGCUCCGUCAUGUAAUUAAAUAAUCAUGGCGUCUAUGUCAAUUUGAAUGCAAUCAUGUAUUAAAAAUUUUUGUAGGGAGUUUUGUUAGUAUAUGGUGUUCGUGUCAUUUUGCCGUUAAUUGCACCGUAUUAUAAGAUUUUAUAAGGGUGUGCUAAGUACAUGGUGUGUUCUUGUUAGUGUUAUUAAUGCAUUGUGCCUGUACAAACUUGCAUGCAAUCAAGCUUUAUAAAAUUCUAUAAAGGUAUA